AUGCGAUCAAAGAAAUUAUCUCCCAAGUUCGUGGGGUCGUAUCAGAUUAUGAGGAAGAUUGGACCAGUAGCAUACGAGCUAACCUUGCCUCCUCAACUGUCCAACCUUCAUCCGGUGUUUCAUGUUUCUCAACUCUGGAAAUACAUAGCAGAUCCCUCGCACAUAUUGGAGCUAGAGGACGUUCGUCUUCGUCAAGACCGAACGCUGGAGAUGAAGCCGGUUCGUGUUGAAGACGUCCGCAUCAAGUAUUAUAAAGGAAAAGACGUUUGGUUGGUGAAAGUAGUGUGGGACGAAAAGACAGGCGACGCUACAUGGGAAGUAGAGGAUGCUAUGAAGGAUUUAUACCCUCAUCUAUUUCCUGGUAAGACUUAA